AGCGCCGGCAGCCGUGGGGAACAAGCCCGGCAGCUGGUCAUCGACCUGGAGACUCGAGGGAAACGGGCUUUUCCCCUGUUCCUCUCCAUCCUGCGGGACACCGGGCAGGGCGAGCUCGCGGACAUGCUGACGGAGGAGUGCCAACGCCCCGCCGCAGCGGUAGACCUGAGGCCUGUCGAGCUGGACUUAGGUGGAAAAAAGCAGAAUAAAAAUGUGAACUUUCCGGAGUGUUUGUCCAUCCCUGUCCAAGCUGAGAGCGAAAGAUCUCGGACACCUCCCUUACCAGCCUGGGGUCCACCCAUUGACAAGAGGACCCGGGAUCUGGUUUACGAGCUGAAAGCGGACCCGUGCGGACACUGCCUGAUCCUCAACAACGUCAACUUCAGCAGAGACUCAAAUCUGUCGACUCGAGAUGGCUCCAACGUGGACUGCGAGAAGCUGGAGAAGCGCUUCAAGGCCUUGCGCUUUGAUGUCCUGACUCGGCGGGAUCUCAAAGCUCAGGAAAUGGUUUCAGAGCUGCAGAAGCUGGCGCGGCAGGACCACAGCGCCUUGGACUGCUGCGUCGUGGUCAUCCUUUCCCAUGGCUGUCAGACGAGCCAUAUUCAGUUCCCUGGAGGCAUUUACGGAACGGAUGGAAAACCCAUUCCCAUAGAAAAGAUUGUGAACUAUUUCAAUGGGUCCCAGUGCCCGACUCUGAGAGGGAAACCCAAACUCUUCUUCAUCCAGGCCUGUGGUGGAGAACAAAGAGAUCGAGGCUUUGUAGUGGAGUCCGAUUCGCCUGGAGACGAAGCUCCUGGCGGUUCCUUGGAGUCGGAUGCGACUCCUUUUCAGACUCCAUCAGGUAACACAGACGAGCUGGACGCCGUAGCCAGUUUGCCCACACCCGGUGACAUCCUGGUCUCCUACUCAACUUUUCCAGGUUUUGUCUCCUGGAGAGAGACGUCGAGUGGCUCGUGGUACGUGGAAAUGCUGGACAGCGUGCUGGGGCAAUACGCCUGUUCAGAAGACGUAAAAAUGCUACUGAGGGUGGCAAACGCCGUCUCCGCCAAGGGCAGGUACAAGCAGAUCCCAGGCUGUUUCAACUUUUUGCGUAAAAAAUUCUUCUUCGUGUGCAAGUGA